ACCUUGGCGCACAAAUUGUCAAAUUGGUCGGAGUUUAUUACAACUUGGCUGUGGCUUGGCUCACAAUGCCCUCAGUUUCGGUUACCCUUCCAAGUCGUGAGGACAGGGAUGUUGUGAAGAAAUAUGUUCCGAAGCCAAAUAAAAUAUUUAUGGCCACGGUUGCCCGGCUUUAUGUGGCAUAUCCUGAUCCGAAUGCAUGGACAUACACAAACAUCAUGGGAGCGGUUGUACUCGUGGAAGAUUCCAAAAAGCAAUCUCUGUUCUUUAAAAUUGUGGACGUGCUGACCAAUGGAGGUCUAUUAUGGGAGCAAGAACUCUACGAAGAUUUUGUAUACAACAAAGAGCGACCCUUUUUCCAUACCUUCAUGACGGAUGAUUACUACGCGGCAUUUUCGUUUGCUGACGAUAAUGAAGCUAAUGAUUUUUACUCUAAAGUAGAAAAGCAUAUUGCUAAAAGAGUCAAGCAGAAAAAGGAGAAAAAGCCUAAGAAAAAGGAAAAGAAUGGUAAAGUAACUACGUCGAUGAUUAGUGGGCCGACUAAUUUCAGGCAUCUAGAACACAUUGGUUGGAAUGCCGAUUCGGGAUUUAAUGCACAAAAUAUAAAUCCCGAAUGGAAUAGAAUCCUCAAUUCAUUGGGCGAUCUUGGCGUUUCGAAGUCUGUGAUUGAAGAAAAUAUGGAAGAUAUUAUGAAUUUUGUCAAAUCGAAUGGAGGGGCUAAGAAGGUGACAUCACCUUCCAAAUCACCGACCAGAUCAGCUAAUUCGAAGAAGGUGCCUCCGACACUUCCGCCACCUAAACAAAAGCGACCUAUAUCUGUUAAAUCUAAAGAAAAACCACCUCCACCACCAGUACCGGUUCGUAAAUCUACGGUUUCACCAACUUCUAGAGAUGAUUCAUUAUCAACACCACCAAUUGUCCCAAGAAAAAAUGUACCUUCAAUUUCUACUCAUGAUUCAUCACCAUCACCACCGCCAAAGGUCCCAAGAAAAAAUGUACCUUCAAUUGCUUCAGAUGAUUCACAACCAUCACCGCCAAUAGUCCCAAGAAAAAAUAUACCUUCAAUUUCUUCAGACGAUUCAUCACCACCACUACCACCAAUUGUUCCCAAAAAAAUUAUACCUUCACCUUCUCCUCUCAAGCAAGUUACAUCCCAACCGAAACAAAUUCCUACAUCACAGCCAUCAACACAUCAUAAUUACAGUAGACAACCUUCUCCUCCACCAGUCGCGCCAAUCAUUCAAAAAUCUAAACAACCUUCACCACCACCAGUACAAUUUGCACCACCGCCCCCACCUCCCCCUGUCCGAACUGUUACAGCACCUCCACCUUUACCUCCGGCAAGAGUUGUUUCAUCACUAACUAAACCUGAAGUUCUAGAAGCUCCCCCACUCCCACCCGCUCGCAACACUCAAGCCGAAAUACCAACUAAAAAUUAUUCAUCUCCACCACCGUCAUCUGAAGGUAGAUUUGAUUUAUUAGCACAGAUUCGUAGCGUAGGCGGUGUUUCCGGAGCCGGAUUGAAACCUGUAAACCAAAAUCCACCUUCUCGUCAGUCUACUUUGUCAGAAGAGCCAUCUAGUCCAACGAGUGGUGGCAAUGAUUUACUAAAAACGCUGGCUACUGCUCUAAUGACUCGACAGCAGGCUUUGAAUGAUGAUUCUGGUGAGCAUUCGUUAAUUCCGUCAUGCAUUCAUAAUACAUGCCGUAAGACCUAG